AGGAGAUGCAUGGUAAAUUGCCCACGGUUACAUUUCCUUUUGUCACAUGCAGAGACCAUAGAACUCCCCCCCGUCGUCGUCCUGCCUGACUAUUCCUUUCAACGGUUCCGAUGGUCGUGUUCGCCCCCUUCCCCAAAACACAGUUUCCAAAAGGGAAAAUACCUCCCUUUCAGGCCUCCCUCAGAUUUGUCAUCGUGUUCAUAAAAGCCUCAUGGAAAUAUCGCAAAUGGGAUUUGUCAACGCUGUCACGAUGGUUAUGGUUGGGUCGCUUGUCUUUUUUUUUUUUCAACUAUAUUUUGCAUCGUGGAACAUUUUCUUGACGUACUUUUGGGGGCAUCUGUUUGUAAAGAGCAAUGUGGAUAAGUUGUCGUAGGAAACAGUUAAUAUAGGGCUCUGUUGACGAAUAAAAGAGUAUAAAGAGGAAACGGACGGUCUUCGUUUCUGUUUACUUUUAUUGUUAAUACAUUUGGAUCCCGCCGGCCGACAUCCGAUACCCGCAUCUACUCUCGGUCGCUGUAUUGCAAAGCAGAUCCGCUAUCCGCUAUUCGUAAGCGCUUGACCGCCUAUAUCGGACUACCGUUCUCGAAUCUAGCAAUUUCAAAGCCACCUCUCCGAUAACAAAAAUGUUUGACUCUGGUAAUUAUGGGUCCAGCAACCCUUCGACAGACUCAACAACAUCCUCAUCAUCCUCAACAUGGACCCAAGAUCCAGCAUCUAUGGGUAUCAUCAUCGGUGUCAUUGGCGUCAUAUGUCUCCUAGGCAUUGCACUCCUCAUUUGGUCUUGCUACCGCUAUCGUCGUGCAAAAUUACCUACCUAUGAAGAUGCCGUUUCCCGAGGACCCAACCGGAAUGUGGUAUUGGAACCAUUACCACCAUAUGAAAAAGACGAUGAGGUAGAUGAGAUUCGAUGCGAUACUACAAGUGACAUGAAUGAGACGGCGCCAGGCGAGGGUAAUGAUGAGCAAGAAGAGGAUCUUCCUCCUGCAAUAUAUUCCCCUGCUGAAACUCUUCCUGUGGAAAUUGUCGUAAGAGGAUGAUUUUCCCACCUCAUGCCUUUACUCCCAACCAAUUUCCUCUCGAGAAAACCAGCCGAGUACCUUCCCUUGCUAAAACUCUAAUACCACAAGUUAUUAUUUGUACAUAGAAUUUUUAUCAUGUAUAACUUCUGUUCUUGAACCAAAAUCUUUGUUUAUAUAUAUUAAUUAUAAAGUAUUUACCGCUA